AUGAUGCAAGCACUUGCCAAGAGCGCUUCCAGAGCCUCUCGUUUUUUUGUGGCUCAACCCAAACGCUCUCUCAAAAUCCACGAACACAGCGCUAUGGACCUUCUUAAAAAGGCUGCCAUCGCUGUCCCCAACUUCCGUUUAGCAACAAAUAUGGAAGAAGCAGCCAAAGCUGCUGAUGAAAUCGCUAAAAUCUCAAAUUUGAACGAUUUUGUCGUAAAGGCCCAAGUUCUGGCUGGUGGUAGAGGAAAGGGUACUUUUGAUAGUGGACUUAAGGGUGGUGUAAAGAUUACUUACAGCAAACAGGAAGCCCUAGAUGUUGCCAAACGGAUGCUUGGACACCGAAUUUACACUAAACAGACCGGUGAGGCUGGUACCAUCUGCUCCGCAAUUACUAUCGUUGAACGAAAAUACCUCCACCGUGAAUUCUAUUUCGCUAUUGCUCUUGAUCGUAUAACCGCUGGUCCAAUGAUUAUCGCAAGUUCCCAAGGUGGUAUGAAUAUUGAGCAGGUUGCUGCAGAAACCCCUGAGGCUAUUAUCAAGGUCCCAAUUGAUAUUGAAGAUGGUCUUACUAUGGAAACUGGGAAAUUGCUUGCAUCUGACAUGGGAUUCAACACCCCAGAAAGCCAAUUUGAGGCAGCCGAAAUUUUCACAAAGCUGUAUAAACUCUUCACAGAGACGGAUGCUACGCUUGUGGAGAUAAACCCCCUUGCCGAAGAUAAUACCGGAAAAGUCCUUUGCAUGGACUGCAAGAUGACAUUUGAUGAUAAUGCGGAAAAGAAGCAACCGGAAAUAUUUGCCCUUCGUGAUUGGUCUCAGAUGGAUGAACGUGAUGUUCGUGCCGCCGCAGCCGACCUCAAUUACAUUGGUUUGGAUGGCAGUAUUGGUUGUCUUGUUAAUGGAGCCGGUUUAGCCAUGGCAACCAUGGACAUCAUCAAGCUUCACGGUGGUUCCCCAGCUAAUUUCCUUGACGUAGGUGGUGCAGCCACUGCCGGCCAAGUCAAUGAGGCUUUCCGCCUAAUCACCUCUGACUCUAAAGUGCAUGCCAUUCUUGUCAACAUCUUCGGUGGCAUUAUGCGAUGUGAUGUCAUUGCUCAGGGCAUAGUUGCUGCCGCCUCUGAGUUGAACAUCAAGGUCCCGGUGGUUGUGCGUCUUCAAGGUACUCGAGUGGAUGACGCUAAGGCCAUUAUCGAGAGCAGUGGAUUGAAGAUUCUCGCCUGUGACGACCUUGAUGAUGCUGCAAAUAUGGUAUGCCAGAAGUAUUUUAUUGUUAGCUUGUGUGGGGUUGUAAAACUGGCUGAUAUUGUAGCUUUGGCCCGCCAAGCCGCUGUCGACGUUAAGUUUGAACUUUCAGAAUAA